CGGAGACUGGUUUGUGCGUACGUAGACAUCUCUCGGAGUUCAACGAAGAGCCAGGGCUCUCUUGAUCAAGCCUGUGCGAUUUGCGGGUGUUUUUUAAAUAAAUUAAAAUUAUUUAGCACCAAGUUUGUUUUAUUUUUAAUCGCUGUGGGUUAUUAGUGAAAACAUGGUGGCGAAACAGAGGAUACGCAUGGCAAACGAGAAGCACAGCAAAAACAUCACACAGCGAGGGAAUGUGGCCAAAUCAGCAAGAGGUGUGCCGGAAGAGAAGGCGGCAGUAGGACCCUGGCUCCUCGCCUUAUUCGUCUUUGUAGUGUGUGGAUCAGCCAUCUUCCAGAUCAUUCAGAGCAUCCGAAUGGGGAUGUAAGAAGACAACCGGAUCAUCAUUAUCAUCAUCAUCAUCAUCGCUCAACAUUCCUCUCUUCUCUUUUCUUACUCUGCUGGCAAAGAUGAUCAGCUCUUCAUGUCUUAUUUAAAACAUCCACUGCUGUCACUACAACACUCUGAGCUCAUGUGCCUUACAUGAACGGCGGGCGAACGGAAAAUGCACGAGGGACAGUCUAAGCCAUAUCUUACCAAGAAUUCCAGUCCGACGCACACUGCUCCCAGAACACCGAUAUUGUUGCAACCCUUUCCUCCGCUGACUUUUGCUCCAGUGAUUUCUCAAACAGCUGUUUUCUCCCUCUCUCUCUCUUUUUCCUUAAAGGACUGUUUCUAUACACAAAGAAACAUUUUAUCUCAGUGGAGUGCCAAAAUAUCAGGUCCCGAAUUAGGUCACAGUAAGUUAAGUAUAGAGAGUUGUCCUGAACUGCGAUACAACCAUAGGGAUUAUGUGGAACUAUGCACCUUUCAUGUAUUUCUGCCAGUGUUUAUUGCUGUUUCAGGGCCAUUUUUGUUGGUUGAAGUAAAUGAAGGUCUUCGACAUCAGGUUUAUGUAUUGGACGGCAACAAUUUGUAAAAUUAUGUUUUUUUUUGUUUAGUUUUUUGCUUUCCACACAAAUGAUCUUUAACAAUAAAAAGAGUUAAAUGUA